UAAACUCAUUUUAAUCUAAUUUUCCACCUCACUACUGCUUUGGAUUAGAAGAAAAAAAACCCACUGAUUCGUGUUUUAAUGUGGUGUGUUCUGGAAAAUAGCUGCUUUUGGGGAUGGAGUUUCAGGUGCCAUGCAAGUAGAAAUGGAUCUAUUCCUGCUCCUGCUGAGAUCUGUAGACAGGUUCUUUAAAAAUGUUAAAUAAGGAAGAAGUAUUUGGGAUUUUCAGCUUGCAGCUUACAGAAGCUGGAAGAGACUGAGAGGCAGAUUACACUCUCUGCGUGAAUUGGCUGUGUCAGCUUUGAGACAUCUGCUAAUAUUUAAAGGAUUGAACAAGAUUUCAUCAUGUGGACAGAAAUAUUUGGACCCAUUUGAUUGCAUAUUAGAUUUUUGGACUGAUCCAGCUCCAAAUGCUAUAGAGAAUCGGUGGAACAUAAGAACAGCGGUGAGGACCGACACACAUAAUGUACAUGAACACAUCUGGGACGUCUAGAAGAUCCUACUCCCUGACCUUCCUGGGAAAGAAAGUAGGGAGGCAUCAUUCAGUGACACCUGCUGGGAAGCAAAUUGCCUGGGAGACGACUAUCGGGUCAACAGAGGAGCCGGAGGAGCCGGAGGAGCCGUCCCAGUCAGGCCAUGCCCCGGUAUUGGAGCAAGAUUUGGAGAACCUACCCGGAAGUGUACCUGAGUUAAAGGAGCGGAGGCCAAGUCCAAAAUUUCCCAACCCACAGUUUCAGCAGUACGGAAACAACGCACCAGACACACAUCGGCACAAAAACCCGUGGAGGAGGAGGUGGGCUGCUUUUAGACGCUGGAUUGCUGCAGACAGGAGGAAACGCAACGUACAAGGCUCAUCAGAAUCUCAGCUGGGAGUCGGCAGUGACGCCAGAGAAGCUGAGCGCUCACAGGAACUCAAGAUUUACAUCCCCUAUGAGUCGGCUGAGCUCUGCAUCGCUGAGAUUGCUGAAGACAUGAAGGCAAUGAAGAGGAGGCAUCUGCAAACAGUGCAGGAACUGGAGGAGAAUUUCCAGUUCACAGCUCAGGAGACACAGGAAAGGAUCUUACAGAAGGUCAGAUCUCACUAUCAGAACAAACUGAACACUGUGAGGAGAUUCCUGGACCUCUACCAGGACAAAGUGGAAGAGAAGAAGGCUGACCUGGAGAAGAAAGUUGCAGAGCUGACUGCACACAAUGAGCGGCUGCUGGAGGAGCAAAGAGCUGAGAGAAGGAGAUGGAAAGAAGAGACCCAGCAAUGGCAGAGAGAAAAAAGCAAAAUGCUGGAGCUGUUCUCCAGCAGGCUGGAUGCCCUGCACUGCCACCAGGCCUCCACACUGCAGGAGCUGCAGAUGGCCAGACAGGAAAUAGGGCAAGUCCAAGAAAUAUUGAUAGUAUCUUCAUCACAGGCGCAACAGGAAGCAGCAGAGGAAGAGGAGGGGUCAGACAAGAAAGAACAAACAGAGACAUGCAGUGUCUCAGAUCAACCACUGGAGGGAGCCAACGCCCGCCUGGAGGAGCUGAAGGAGAGCCUGUACCAGAAGGAGAGGGAGAUCACUGAGCUCCUGGAAGCAGAGAGGAUCCCUGUCCCUCCUGUUCCACAGCCACACUGCAGCGUCCUGCUCCCCACCGUCAUAACCAAGGCCCAUGAAAUCUGCAGUGUAGUGCCUGAGUCGAGAGCUCUUUUGCACCAAAUGAUUAAAGACAAUCAGGUUGCUUUGGCUGAAGCCAGAGACAAACUGCGUCUUCAUCUGCAAACCGCUAAACAGGACAGCAAUGAUAAAGAGAAGACUCCCAGACAAGAGGGGUCAGAUGAGUCAAGUCUGUCUUUUCUGCAAGAGACGGUGAGGGAACACGAGGUGUGUCAAAUUGCUUUGGACUACAUCAAAUCUGGGGAAUGCCCUGUAAUGAAUGAUUGUGAAAUGUCUGAGCUGGAGGACAUCCUGGGACAAGAGACACUUCCAACCGCACAGAGGACUGUAAAGGGCAUCGGCCAGCAGCUUCUCCUGCUGCAGGAUCAGCUGAAGCGAGAAAAGGAAGAGAAAAAGAAAGUAGUUGAGAAUUACACAUCAGAAAGAGCAAUGAGGAAGAAAUAUUAUAACAUGGUGGAAGAAAUGAAAGGUAAAAUCAGGGUGUUUUGUCGAAUUCGUCCAGUGACCCGAAGUGAAGCUACACAAGGUGGGGCCGUUGUGGUGGCUAAAUUAGACGAUUACUCUGUCACUGUGGAAACCCAACGUGGGCCCAGAGAGUUUCAGUUUGACAAGGUGCUCAGCACAGAGGCCUCUCAGGAAGAUUUGUUUCAAGAUGUGAACAGGCUGAUGCAGUCAGUCAUCGAUGGCUACAAUGUUUGCAUUUUUGCAUACGGCCAGACAGGCUCAGGGAAAACUUUCACCAUGGUCGGGGACAAAGACCAGAAGAACCCUGGGAUUAUGCCCAGAUCUUUUAACGCCAUUUUUGACAUCAUGCGAGAGAACGGCUCUAAAUUUGACUUCAAGGUUUCGGCCUAUAUGCUGGAGCUGUACAACGACAGGUUGCAGGACCUCUUCGUGAGCCAGGCGGGUGAGGCCCAUGCGCAGACACAACCCCAUGGCCCCACCAGGCGGGUGGAGAUCAAAAGGAACAGAAAGGGGGUUGUGUUCGCCCAAGGAGCAGAGACAAAGGAGGCUUCCAGUGCCCAGGAGCUUUAUGCUCUGUUCCAACAGGCUUGCGCCAAUCGACACAUCUCCGCCACCAAGAUGAAUGUGGAGAGUUCCCGCUCCCAUCUGAUUGUUGGCAUCAUGGUGGAGAGCAGGAAUCUGACUAAUGGGAGUGUCAAUACCGGAAAGCUGAGCCUUGUAGACCUGGCAGGGAGUGAAAGAGCAGCAAAGACCGGUGCCAAGGACCACCAGCUAAAGGAGGCAAACUCAAUCAACAAGUCUCUGAGUGCCUUGGGUGAUGUGAUCUCGGCAUUGUCCGCGGAGCUGCCACAUGUACCAUACAGGAACAGCAAGCUCACUCAGGUUAUGCAGGACUCUUUGGGAGGAAAUGCCAAAACCCUCAUGAUUGUCAACAUUUCCCCAUCAGAAUACAAUCUGGACGAAACUCUCACAUCUCUUGUUUAUGCAACGAGAGUGAAGGCCAUAACCAACAACGCCCAGAGAAAUGUGGACAGUAAAGAGAUCGCCCAGCUGAAGGAGGUGAUCAUGAAGCUGAAAUCUGGACAGGCAGUGGAAGAGGUGGAUGUUUGAUAGGCUGUUGUUUCUGCACACUGUGUUUUAUCGGGCAGUCUUGUAAUCGCUGGCAUGUUGAAAAGGUUUAAAUGUUGGAUGAAGGUGGGGGGUUCACAAGUACAUCACGUUUUGCUUUGGAGAUUGAAAGCUGUUUGAAAAUGGAUGUUGAUGCAUUGAGCUGUAAAAUAAAGCUCCCACAAUUCAGGUUCUGUUGGAUGACAAAGACUUAGUGAUUCAUACAUGCAAAGGAUUAUUAUAUAUUUUAUAUAUCUAAAAAAAAAAAGUAAAGCAAACAGCACAUGUUGUGUUUCUUUAACAGUGGAAUUACCAUCCAAGACUGAAAACUCUUUUUUUUUUUUCCUAGUUUGACUUAUAAUAUAAAAGUAAACUGGAAAAGCUGUAGUUUAAAAUGUUCAACUUUGAUAUUAAUCUAUUAAAUAGAGCUGUUUUGGGCUGUCUUAUAAUUUAA